AAAAAGAAUAGGUUAAAGUAGAUUAGGGUGUCGAUUAGGAUGGAUUUUUUAGUGUUUUGGGAUGUUUUUUAAUUGAGUGGUUUAGUGGUCCAUGAUUACAUUGGAUUAUUUAGUGGCCGUAUGUUUAAGCUUAGUUGUUGUUUGUCAUUUAGUUGAUUGACAUUAGAUUAGUCUGAAAUGCCAUAAUCAUUUUUUAUUGUUUCAAUCAUGUUCCAGAAGACUUGUACACCAUGGGUUUCUGGUAUUGAUGCCAAUAAUGGCAUGUUCCCUAUAGCUUAUGCUAUAGCAGAAGUGGAGAACACAGAUACAUGGAGGUGGUUUCUAAAGUACUUGAUGUGGGAUUUGAAAAUGGAGAGAGAUUCAUCCUACACUUUUUUGACUGACAAACAGAAGGGCUUGGGGAUAGCCAUAGCUGAAUUGUUUCCUGGUGCUGAACACAGACAUUGUGUUCGGCAUAUGUACAAUAACUUCAAGGCCAAGCAUCCAGGAGAGGGGCUUAAACAGCUUGUAUGGGAUGCAGCAAGGAGCAGCACCAGAGUGUGGUUCAACAAGCACAUGGAUGAGCUGCAGCAAUUGGACCAAGAAGCAUGGCAAUGGUUUCAAGACAAGCAUCCAGAGCAAUGGAGCAGGGCAUACUUCAGAUCUGAUAGCAAGUGUGAUAUAUUGCUCAACAACUUGUGUGAGUCAUUCAAUGCAGCAAUUCUUCCAGCAAGGGAUAAGCCCAUCUUAACCAUGUUAGAGAAGAUAAGAAUGGACCUAAUGGUUAGGAUGGCAAACAGAAGGGUUGGAGUUCAAAAGUGGACUGAUAUGGUUGGGCCUAGGAUAAAAAAGAUUUUGGAUAAGGUGGCAGAGAGGACCUCUUGUUAUAGAGCAUAUCACAGUGGUGAACAUGAGUUCCAGAUCACUGGAGGUGGUGAAAAUGGCAGUAAGCAUGCAGUUGACUUAAGGCUCCACACGUGUACAUGCAGGAGGUGGCAAUUAAGUGGCAUACCUUGUGUUCAUGCCAUUUGUGCUAUUAGAAGCAAAGGAGCAGAACCUGCACUUUUUUGUGAUGACUGCUUGAUGCCUUCCUCUUAUAUGGAGGCAUAUAAUCCCAUUAUUCAUCCUAUUGCUGGUGAGGAUGAUUGGGAACAAGUUGAGUAUCCAAUUGCACCUCCCCCAUAUAAGAAACAAGCAGGAAGGCCAAAAAUGAAGAGAACCAAGGAACCUGGUGAGAACAAGCUACCUCCACCAGCACCUAACCAAACAGAUAACAAAAAAAAGAUGCCUAGAACCUACACCAAGAUGACCUGCCAGGUGUGCUUCAAGAAAGGCCAUAACAGGUUGGGCUGCCCAAUCACUAAGGCCAAAAAAGCAGCAGCAGCUCAACAAGUAGGUGAAGGGAGUUCCAAUGGAGGCCAGCAAACUAGGAAGAGGCAAAGAAGGCAGCAGGCACCAAAAGUUCCAACCUCAAAGGGUAAUAGCGGAUUGAGGGAUCAGAUCAUCAAGUCUAGGUGGGGUUGGAAGAAGUUGAAGACCAUGGAGGGCAACCAAGGUGCAAAUGGAGGGGCUUCUAGUUCACAAGCAAUGCAUGAACCUCCAACUCAGAGUAGCCAAAACCCUGCAGCAAAAAAGGCACAACAGAAGGGCCAAACUGAAUCUGAAUGGGCAGGAUUUUGAGGCAAGGGUUGGGUCUUGAAGAACCAAUCGACUUUUUGUAUGGAACAUGUAGGGUUAUGAUGUAAUGAACAUGACUUUUGAAAUUGCUCUCUUUUGUUGAAUUUCUGGAACAAUUUGUCGGUUUCAAGAGGCAAUGAAUUUCUAUUUGGUUA